AGACCGCCCAGCAGGGCGAAGAGGAGGUUGUGUGGACAAGCCGCUCCUGAGAGAAGGAUGCCACAGCUGAGCCUGUCCUGGCUGGGCCUGGGGCCCCUGGCCACCUCCCCGUGGCUGCUGCUGCUGCUGGUCGGGGCCUCCUGGCUCCUGGCCCGCAUCCUGGCCUGGACCUACGCCUUCUAUGAGAACUGCAGCCGCCUCCGACGUUUCCCACAGCCUCCCAAAACAAACUGGUUUUGGGGUCACCUGGACUUGAUUCCCCCCACUGAGCAAGGAUUGAAGGCCCUGACGCAGCUGGUGGCAACCUACCCUCAGGCCUUUAAAACCUGGAUGGGCCCCACUAUACCCAUCAUCACUUUGUGCCACCCUGACGCAAUCCGGGCUGUCCUCAAUGCCUCAGGUACCAUCUGGAACACCUGGUGGUGGGCACCGUGGCACAUCCAAGGGCUUCCAAUUCAGAGCUCAGAGGAAGGUCUCCUGUACACACAGGUCCUGGCGAGUGCCUUUGGGGAUGUGCGCCUCUGGUGGGCGGGGCCCGUGAGAGCCACCGUGCGCAUCUUCCACCCCACCUGCAUCAGGCCCGUGCUCUUUGCUCCAGGUAGACAUCGCACUGGCUGCAGCUCGCCCACUGCCGAUGGCUCUGUGCUGCCUGCAGCUGGCCCCGUGACCUGA